GAGCGGGAGAGGGAGAGGAGCUAAUUUAAAAGGGUACAAGGAGCGAAGCAAGCAAGGGCGGUGCGCCGCCAGGAACCAACUCGCGGCGGAGCUCGGGGCUUCCUCGCGUGCGGAGAGGUCCCCAACCUGGGCUGGAAGCUUGCCCUGUACAGGUAGUUGCUACAGCCCAUGUGAAAAACGGAAAACAAAAUGAAGAUUUUUCAGUGCAAGAUGCAGUACUGGCUGCUUCCAGCUUUUUGGGCAAUUGUUUAUUUCUGCACCAUCGUCCAGGGUCAAGUGGCUUCACCCACAAGGUUAAGAUAUAAUGUAUUAUCUCAUGACAGUAUACAGAUUUCAUGGAAGGCUCCAAGAGGGAAAUUUGGUGGAUAUAAACUUCUUGUGACUCCAGCUUCAGGUGGAAAAACGAAUCAAUUGAAUCUCCAGAACACUGCAACUAAAGCAAUUAUUCAAGGUCUUAUGCCAGACCAGAAUUACACAGUUCAAAUUAUUGCAUACAACAAAGACAAAGAGAGCAAGCCAGCUCAAGGCCAGUUCAGAAUUGAUGACUUAGAAAAAAGAAAGGAUCCAAAGCCCAGAGUCAAGGUUGUGGACAAAGCAAAUGGGAGUAAACUGUCUUCACCAGAAG